AUGGACCUCGCCAGCCUGAUCUCUCUGUUCCUCGCCACCACUUCCAACCCUUCCACGGUCGGAAGCAGGAAAUCCUUCCCCCUCCAUUCGACAACUCAUCUCACCACAACCGAACCCGUCGUCGACACAUCGACCCCGGCCGACCCGCGACUUGAUCGAACACACUCCCCAUUGCGGAGAUCAAUAGCCUCUCGCAACGUCCGAACGACUUCAAACCCUCCCACUGUCGAUUAA